AUGAGUCUUCUCGUCCCUCUCAUCGCAAAACCCUCCCAAACCAAAGCUAUCACCGAUUUCCUCCAUACCGGAUAUACUCUAGUCCCAUCCGAGCCUCUCACCAGAGAAUGGUUUGCAGUUAGAUAUGAAGACAGCAAUCCACCUACAUACGCUAUAUUCGAUACCUUUGCAGCCGAGGAAGGUCGCCAAGCGCAUCUUACUGGGCAGAUUGCUAAAGCAUUGAUGGACAAUGCAUCGAGUUUGUUGGAUGUGAGCCCAGAGAUUGCGCAACUUGAUGUCCUGGUUAGUCUCGUCAGACCCAGCAAGGGAUCCGGGGAAGGUACUACAGCAGGAGUGACGAAAGGGCUGAGGGUAUUGUUUACUGCAAAACCAGAUAAGGUCGAUGCAGUUAGAGAUUUUUUGAAGAGUGCUAUUCCACUCGUGGAAGCUGAGCCCGAGACGACAUACUGGUAUGCCGUGGAAUUUCCCGGAACAAACACGUUUGGCGUGGUGGACUUUUUCCCCGACGAUUCUGGUAGAGGAGCGCAUGUCGCUGGCAAAGUGGCGGCUGCUUUAUUUGGAUCAGCAGACGAGUUGUUGACUGGGGCCCCGGAUCUGGUCAAACUCGAUGUUAUUGCUGCAAAAGUUUGAAGCUGCUGUACCCAUCGACGAUUCAGUGUGUAGUAACAUGAGUGUACUUAUAGUUAGAUGGAGGAAACCAUGCAUUCUUUCCUAUUCUUUCACUAUUGUCAUUGGUAACCUCAAUGAUGCAAGUUUCUUCCGCCGACUCGGAUAUGGUCAAAGACAAGGGAAAACUGUUAGACCUUCCGUCGCCCGCCGCGAUGUUGUAUUGAUAUUUAUGCCGGACUGACACUUUGAACAAUACCUGAUGCAGAAAUAUGUUGCAUUAUGAGGGUUUAAGCACGUUGAGAAAAUCGCGAGC